ACUGCAAAUGCUACUACGUGUGGAGCAACUGAGGCAAGGUUCAGAUGUAGGAGAACAAACUGGAACAUGGAUGACUUUAAACAGCGCAGAUAAAGCCAAGUGCAUGGAACACACUGGGAACCGUCUCAAGGUUCUGUCAUUGUCUAUGGAGAAUUAAUCAUCCUAUGGAACACACUGGGGACCAUCUCAAAGUUCUGUCCUCAUUGUCUAUGCAGAGUUAGUCACUGUCUCGCAUUUCUGUUUCUUUAGCAAUACAAUUAAACCUACAACUAGAGACGACCUGAUGAUGAAAUGUGAAUUUUACGUGUUGCAAUUUGUGUACUGUGGCUCUUUGGAUGGAACCAUAUCAAUUUAUCCCAGAAGGCGCAAAUUCUUUAAAGGACUCUCUCACUGAGUGGUGAAGAACGAUAGUGGAAGUUGAAACUUAUAUUUUGAUUUAAAUAGGUAAUAUUGAUUGAGAACUCUGCAUGCCAGAGAUUGUGUACCUUUGCCAUAGCACAUCACUAGCUGCAAACAUGAGUAAUGAGCAAGUCACCUACGCAGAACUGAAUGUGGCAAAGAACUCAAGGAACCAGCACAGGAAGCCGAGGGGUACUCGUGGCUCCCUUUCAGUAAUUGAGCAGGAAAUCAUCUAUGCGGACUUCAGCUUUCAAAAUCCUUCUCAAGAGCAUCCUCGGAUCUGCAAAGAUUGCCACUGCAAAGGUUUUCCAUCUCCUCCAGAAAAACUCAUUGCUGGUACCUUGGGCAUCAUCUGUUUUGUCUUAAUUGUCUCUGUGGUUGUAAUUACUACAUCAUAUACUGGAACAAAUGCACAGACCAACUCCUCAAAGGCUAGAACCCACAGAGAUAUAAACCACAAUCUAUCUUCAGUACAGUCUUGUGCUCACUGUCCAAAGGAGUGGAUAUCAUAUUUCCACAAUUGUUAUUACAUUGGUGUGGAGAAAAAAUCUUGGAAUGACAGUUUGAUGUCCUGCAUUUCCAAAAAUUGUCAUCUGCUUCACAUAGAUAGUGAAGAAGAACAGGCUUUUCUGCAAUCCCUUUCACUGGUCUCAUGGACUGGAUUCUUUCGGAAGAGCAGGGGUCAGCCCUGGGUCUGGAAAAAUGACUCAACUUUCAAACCAAAGAUAGCAGAGAUUCUCCACGAUGAAUAUAACUGUAUCAUGAUGUCAGCUUCUGGUCUCACAGCAGACAACUGUACAACUUUACAUACAUAUCUUUGUAAGUGUAAAUUCCUACUGAGUCAUAUUGAGCCAAAUUUCCAUGGUUUCCCUCCGAUCAUUACCCUCCUGGCAGUGGUGGUUGCAGUGAACCCUGCAAUUCAUGAUUCAAUUAAUGACAGUGACAUUCUGAGAAAUGCAUCAUUACGCAGACCCAUUGCAUCAGGAUGUGUAGCUUCUUCAAUAGGAUCACCACAGCACAGAACACAAGUAGAAUUACCACAGAGCCCAGAAUUGAUAUCUCUCACUGGCCUGCAGGCAGGAGACAUGAGUCACCUGCUUGGAACUGAACGAGCCUCAGAACCCAGGAAAGUUGUAAAGAAAACCCAGUCUCAGCUCCGUUUCAGUAAUCGAGCAGGAGAUCAUCUGCUGGAGUUUAGCCUUCAAGAUGCCUCCCAGAAGUAUCUCAAGGCCAGCAGGCAUAGCUACUGCAAAAAUUUUGCCUCACCUCCAGAGAAGCUCAUCGCUGGGAUCCUGGGCAUUGUCUGGUUCGCCUUGUUGACUGCUUUGGUGAUCUCAACCAGAAUUGGUUCUCCAUAUUUCAAAUUUCUUAAGAAUGAGUUUAACUCUCCAGAUCCUGAACUGAAGAAGCAGACCCACUCCUCCCUGAUGAGAACCCAGAAAGAUAUAAACCACAAUCUAUCUUCAGUACAGUCUUGUACUCACUGUCCAAAGGAGUGGAUAUCAUAUUCCCACAGUUGUUAUUACAUUGGUGUGGAGAAAAAAUCUUGGAAUGAUAGUUUGAUGUCCUGCAUUUCCAAAAACUGUAGUCUGCUUCACUUAGAUAGUGAAGAGGAGCAGGCCUUUUUGCAAUCCCUUUCACUGGUCUCUUGGACUGUAUUCUUUCGGAAGAGCAGAGGUCAGCCCUGGGUCUGGAAAAAUGACUCAACCUUCAAACCAAAGAUAGCAGAGAUUCUCCAUGAUGAAUAUAACUGUAUCAUGAUGUCAGCUUCUGGUCUCACAGCAGACAACUGUACAACUUUACAUACAUAUCUUUGUAAGUGUAAAUUCGCCAACUGAAACACCUGCAUUUGAAGUCUGCCAGUUGGGGCAAAGCUGACAGCCUGAGAUUGGAAGCAGACACCUGCUGGGCGUAAACAAUGGCCCACUACAGUGCAGUUUCACCUUUGAGGAUUUCGGAGAAAGCUACACCAGGUUGCUGACAGGCCUACUGCCUGAGGACAUGCUGAAUGUAAACAAACCUGACUACCUGAGAACUGAGCUUGGGAGAUCUUGGCAACUUCACGUCUGGGACUGUAUUUACAUUAUGUAUAUAUUUUAUUUCUGGAGUUUUCAGUUUCAUUUCGUA